AACCUCUCCACAGUUCUUCCGCCGCCACUCAUUUCUCCUCUGAACAUGGUUAAAGAUGUGGCAUAUAACAGGGAGUUUAACAUGAUGUACUUGUUGAUCGAUGAACGAGAAAUUUGGGUCUACUAUACCAGGACGAAUCCAGCCACCAGAGUGGAGUCUUGGAAACUAGACUUUAUUGAAAACAUCCACAGCCAACAUUCCCAAGAUGCAUUACAGAAAUCCAGAGCAAGCAGUCCAUGGCUUAGUGAAGGAAACAGAUUUCCAAGUCCUGAGUCUCCCUCUCUUGGUCCCAGUUCUUUUCCACCGUUAGACGCCAGUGGUAGGGAAUCAGUGUUAUCCACUCGUAAGGAGAAAGUACUGAUCACGUGUCUUGGAAUACUAUAUUCUCCAAUAUUAAUGACGUCACUGGAGGGAGAUGCGUGUCCGGAUACAACACAUUUCCUAAUGGCGGGAACUCAGGAUGGGCGCGUCCUGUUUCUUCACAUGUUUUGGCAAGGACUGAAGUAUCAUCAGCUCCAAGCAAAUAAGGACGCUGUUCUUCAGGUCUACCAUGACCAAGACAACAACACUCUGGUUACAAAGUGUCGGUGUUCUAAGAUUGUUAUCCUUAUUUGGUCAUUGCCACUCCUACUGUUGACGAAGAGGAUUGAUUGUGAUGCUGACAUGACGUGUUUUACGCGAAUGAACAAUAUUAUGUUGUGCGGACAUCAAAGUGGAUAUUUGCACCUUCAUUCGUUGUCUGUGGAUAACGGUGAAUUUCGCGAAGAUAAAGAAGAGAGAGCGGCAGGAACCAGUCGUCCACCUCCAAAGGAUCAUCAAAGUUGUAUCAACAGUGUGGACUCUAACUCAAACCUGGAGAUAUUUUGUAGUGACAGUGGGGAUGGCAUCAUCAAGAUUUGGGACGGAAAUAAAAUCCUGCUGCGGGAAAUCAUUAUGAACGAAACAUUAACAGUGGCCUCUUUCCUCAAUACUCAAGGGGAUAUCCUUAUCGGUUUCAAACAGCACAUCUUCAUAAUUCCAAAUGAAAAAGUGUGCCCAGUGAAAGAUGGCUUAUUGCUUGACGGCAGAUCCGAUUCAAUCGACGACGAGGCGUUUGAGACAGAAUCAGACAUCUACGAGGACCCAUCAGUAAGAUUUGAAAGCAAAAAGAUUCUGCAACCGGAUCCUACUAAAAUGGAGAAUUACUUGGUACCAUUUCCAAACUUGCAGCUGAAAACGUCUUGGUUCAUGGAAGGUCGACCUCCCCCCGACCUUGAACCACAAAAGCAACAGGAGGACGAAGAGUCCAUUAGCUUAAUGUCGGACAGUCUCUCGCUUGCUCCGACUGAAGUCUAUGGUUCCCUAUCCUCCACCCCCAGGCGAAUGUCUUUGGCAAGCUCUGUAACAAUGUCUGAACGCAGAACCAGCACGGAAUUAUGGGACCUUCCUGAAUUUGGAAACUCACCUGUGAGUUCACCGCCCAGAACUCCUCCACCAGAACCAACACCCCCUUCCACCCCUCCCCCGGAGGUAGAGUCUGACGAGGACUCGAGUGGAAGUGAAGAAAAGAAAGAGUCCCAAAAUACUGAAGACCAACCGUGUGAACGAUGCGAGAAUGAAAACAAAAAAGAAAAGAAGAAAGGUCCAGUCAUUCCCAGCUUCCGACGAGAAAAAGGGAGGAUGGGAAACAUAGCCAUCAACUCUAGAUCCCUGCGUUCUGGUUUUGGAGGUCCCGGAUAUGCUGCCCCAGUUUCCAAAAAGUUGAUUGAGCAGAGACCUGAGCCCAAGUCGUUUAAACCCAGACGUAUCCCAAAGCCCAUUGUAAAGAAAGCAAAGAAACCUAAAGAAAAGGGAGAGGAAGAGGAAGAAGCCAAGAAAGAAAAAGAUGAGAAAGAGACAGAAACAAUUGAAAAUGAGCCUGGUGAAGCUGAAGAAGAGAAACAGAAAACCGAAGAUACAGUAAAAGUAAACGCUGAUGAUGAUAAUGGAGAUGACGAGGAUGGUGUUCCUGCGCAUCGGACGCCUAAUGUUGUUACUAUGCCAACAAGGGAACAAACGCCUUUGAUGCGACAAGAAACUGUCAGCCCUAAACGGGUUUCUAAUGCCAGCCCACCAGAGCAGCUGCCUUCUCGAUCAGCGAAGAACGAGGAACAAAUGCGCGUGAGAGAGAAAGGCAAAGACGCAGCAGAGCCACAAAAGACCACAUCAGAUUCCCCCCCUCAAAGAAACGCUGAAGAUAGUACAACGAGAGCUGUAUCGAGCGGCGAGGAUCUGGCUGCUGAUAAUGAAGAUGAAAAUAUGUUAGAUCAAGACAACGAAACCAAAGGUGAGAGAGAAAACGAAGAUGGAGCUCCAGUGGAGGGUGAUAAACCAGGAAAACCUGAUUCACCAGAACCAAGGGAUCCUCAAUUAGUGACAUUCAUUGAUCCUGAUACGGGCAAGGUGCUACAAAGACCUCUCAAUGAAGUCCCAGAUGAUGCCGAAAUUCUUGAAGACUAUGAUGAUGACAAUGAAUUAGAAGGAAUAAAUGAAUAUACUAGCCCUGCUGCUGAACAUCUAACGUCGUCUCGUCGUAGUAAACGAAGCGAUCGUGGACGAAAGAGUGUGACCUUUAGCUCAGAACACAUCCGAACAUCUCAAGCAAAUCGACCAUUCCCUAGUCUAUACACUUCUGGAAGAGAUUCCCCAACGCUAAGAUCUCGCAAUGCGGGCUUAGUCUUCAAAGAAACAGUUGUACCUGUUUAUGGCAACAAAAGGCCGGGUGACCCGUUGAGAAAAACGUCUAAGAGCUCGUCAGGUGUUUCUCCGCUGACAAUAUUCGCACUUGCGAGAAGCAGGCAGGAACACACCCCAAAGUCAACCAACGUUAGAACUUGGUCAGCGGAUGGACGCUACAAACAAAAACACGGUACAUCGGAGAAUUUCAGUUUAAGAACUGAUGUGGUGAACCAAGGUGAUUUUGACAUGAAUGAUGACGAUCUUUUACGACUUAUCGAUACCGUUGGUCUGCAGACUGGUGCCGAGGGACAUGAAACGCCCGGAUCAUUGAGGCCCCCAAGCGUGAGAAAACAAGGAAGUACUCUCAUGCGCUGGUGCAUACAAGCACUCCAGAAAACAGACCGGGAAGUCCUUUUUCCACCCAAGCCAACGCGGCCAGGUAGUUCACCAAGUGUUGCCACAUCGAAAGCGACAAAGAAAGUGGAAGGUGCGCCUAAAGGUAAUACGUUGAACCUGAGCAAGAAAGACGAUCAGAAAAGACCACAAACUGCCGACACCGUUCGCAGUAACACCACGAGCCACGAAGAAUACUCGAUGUUCCCGUAUGAGAAUACAUCACUAAAUAAAGCGACGGAACAAACAAAGACACGUGAUCGUAAGAGUGUCACACCUGCCAGGAUGAAUGCAUGGAAACACGUGUCAUCUGAUGAGGAUGAGGAUUUUUUAGAUGCCUACCAAGCCAUGCGCUCCAGUGUCGGCCCACGCGAUGCGGAUAAGGAUUACGUUAAGGAUCUUAUCUCCAGAGGAUCAUUUGGAAGUGAGAGAUUUUCAAAUUCGCGUGACAUCCCAAGGUUAGAUACAAGUGACUACAGUGGAAACUGGCAAUAUAGGGUUUUAGAAAGGGCUCAUCGACUGAAGCAACAGCGUUUGGAGAGGCAGAAAAGUGCCACUGAAAGGAGACAAGCUCUUGAUAACAAACACAAGGAAAGAUGGAAAAACUCGAGUCACUUAGAAUACGCGCAAGAGCAACCGCCCAAGCCCGACCCCGUGUUGGAGUUCAUCACCCCACCUCCCGCAAUCGGUCGGAAAACGUCACCCUCACCCCCCCUGAGUCAAACUGAAAUCAGGAAACUGAAGGAACAAGAGUUAUCAAACGAACGUCCUUUCCGCCUGACACUUAAUUCCCAGCCUGGAGGUGUGCUGUACACCCCAUUGGUUAAAAGUUUAAUGGACCUUAAGACAGGUGACCAUCAUGUGUCGGAUGUUGCAAAUGUCUUACCCAAGCCCCCUCCGUCUGCCUCAAUCCCAAGCAAAUGCAGUCGCUAUGUUCUCGUGGCACAACCAGACAUCAAACAACCUCGUCCCCACGCUACAGCAGUGGAAGAAACUCUUCUGAUGUUGCGAUUUCCGAAGUCGCGUGUAAGAAGACGUCAUGCUAGUGCCACUAUUCCUAAGCUUCACUCCAAUCGGAACGUUCGCGCGAAGACUAGUCUCCAAAUGUGACUUAGAUUAUCCGAACUGAACAGAAUUGUUUCGAAUGGGAAAUGUUGUUAGUCUCUUUCUCUUGGGUGUGAUAAUUUUGCAAAUUCGAAAUUGUCUCAAGAUGACUAUAGAUUUUUUUUAAGGUGGCUCGUACCAGUUUCCUCGCGCGGGCAACAGGUCACUCUUGCGUGACGCGCGCGAG